AUGGUAAUGACGGUGGUAAUACAGAUGGCGGUGAUUCCACGGAUGGCUCUAAUGCCGGUGGGCAGCCCAUCAUAGUUACGUCUGAUGAGUGUCCCGUAGGACCAAACAAGACAAAGCCAAUCGGUUGUGAUGGAGGACCCGUUCCAGUAGGCUUCCCAGGUAUAGCCGGGCCACCCGGUAGAGAUGGAAGGAUAGGACCAGCUGGACCAUCAGGACAAACCGGACAAACAGGACCCCAAGGAGCCGAUGGAAAAACUGGUUCAACAGGUCCAACUGGUCCAACUGGAGAUCAGGGAGCCACUGGUGUCCAGGGGGAGAAGGGGGAUGCUGGUGAGACGGGUGCUACAGGUCAAACAGGCCCUCAGGGUAUUCAGGGAGCAGCAGGAGAACGAGGUUUCCAAGGUAUACAGGGUCAAACUGGAGCCACCGGAGCACGUGGACAGACUGGAUCAGUUGGGCCUGCUGGUGCCAACGGAGCUAAUGGAUCACAGGGUGCACAAGGUGGUGUUGGUGCUCCUGGAGCUCAAGGUAACCCUGGACCAAGAGGUCCUGCGGGAGUACAGGGACAACAGGGCGUACGUGGACCAGAAGGCCCAACAGGACCUCAGGGAAUACAGGGAGAAACUGGUGCUACUGGAGGCAGAGGUAACCAAGGUAGCCAGGGAGAUCCUGGACCUCAGGGAGAUCAAGGUGAUCGAGGUGAUACUGGAGCUACUGGUCAAACUGGACAAACUGGUCGCGAUGGUCAAAGAGGACUUACUGGACAGCGUGGACCAACUGGAGCCACAGGACAAACUGGAAACACAGGAUCUCAAGGUCAACGAGGUCUAACUGGAGCUACUGGAGCAAGAGGAUUUGAGGGAGCAACUGGCAUAACAGGCCCCGCCGGACCCACUGGUCCAGAAGGACAAGCUGGACCGAGAGGAGUCCAAGGAAUAGCAGGAGCAACAGGCCCAACUGGUGCACAAGGAGAAAGAGGACCCGCUGGUCCCAUUGGAUCAACUGGUAGAGAUGGUCUCACGGGAUCAACAGGAGCUAGAGGACCACAGGGUGAAACUGGUGCAACAGGACAAAUUGGGCGCACUGGUGAAACUGGUGCUACGGGGCAGGUAGGCGAAACUGGAGCAACUGGUCCUUCAGGCCCACAAGGAGACAGAGGCGCUACAGGCCUAAUAGGUGCAACUGGAGAAAGAGGUGUGCAAGGCCGCUUGGGGGCUACUGGACCCGCAGGUAAUGAUGGUGCAACAGGCGCUACAGGUGCAAGAGGAGAAAACGGAGCCACUGGAGCCACUGGUCCAAUGGGUGGCACUGGAGGUACUGGCGCACAGGGAGCCACUGGAAACGCUGGAGCAACAGGAGCAAGAGGGCAAACAGGAUUAACUGGUGCCACUGGAGUUCAAGGGGAAAUCGGUAAAACAGGAGCAACAGGGCAAACAGGAGGCGUUGGGGCUACUGGUGCACGUGGAUUCGAUGGAGAACGUGGACUUCAAGGAUACAUGGGAGCUACUGGUGAACAAGGUAUCCAAGGUAUUCAGGGUGUCAUGGGAGCCACUGGUCGCGCUGGACCAACUGGAGCAACUGGACGCGUAGGACCUGCUGGACCACAAGGUGCUCAGGGAGAUGUAGGUUCCACUGGACAACAAGGAGAAAGAGGAGAUACUGGUUCAACUGGAAGGGCUGGAGCUACUGGUCCAACUGGUCGAUCUGGACCUGUUGGUGCAACUGGACUCGUUGGAGCAACUGGUUUAACUGGAGCCACUGGAAGGCAAGGUAAUGUUGGGGAAACAGGAGCCACUGGCGCGCUAGGACCCAGAGGUUUGACUGGUGCUACAGGAAGUAUGGGUGCAACAGGGCCAAGUGGGCGUACUGGGCAAACAGGAGCAACUGGAGAAAGAGGUUCGUUAGGUUUAACUGGUGCAACUGGACCAAGAGGAUUCCAAGGAGAGCAAGGUAUUGCAGGUCCCAGAGGUCAAUUGGGCUUAACAGGUUCUACUGGUCCAACUGGUCCACAGGGAGAACGUGGUUUUCAAGGAGAACAAGGACCGCGAGGAUUUGUGGGAGCUACAGGAAACCAAGGUAUUCAGGGUAUUCAGGGAGAAACUGGGGCAACUGGACAAAUAGGGGCAACAGGACGAUUAGGAUUAACUGGCGCUACAGGGCAAACUGGAGCCGCUGGACAAACAGGAGCAACAGGUGCACAGGGUAUCCAAGGAGAGACAGGAUCAAGAGGUGACACUGGGCUAACUGGAGGAACUGGUGCCCAAGGUAUCCAAGGUGAAACGGGAGCAACAGGAUCACGUGGUAUUCAGGGACCUGCCGGUGCAAGAGGACCACAGGGUGCUCAGGGAGCAGCUGGUGCCACUGGAGUUCAGGGUGAAAGAGGAGAUACCGGUUCACAAGGAAAUCAGGGAAUCCAAGGAGAGCAGGGUAUUCAGGGUGUACAAGGAGAGACUGGAUCCACUGGAGUCAGAGGUUUAAGAGGUGAAACUGGAGCCACUGGAGUCAGAGGACCACAAGGGACCGUGGGUGCAGUUGGUGCUACUGGGGCACAAGGAGAAACAGGGUCACCCGGUGUGGUCCAAGACAUUGACGAGUGUGGUUGCGAUAAUGGAGGAUGUGAACAACUAUGUAUCAACACCUUCCUCGGUUUCUACUGCGCAUGUGAAAAUGGAUACAGCCUCGAUGAUAACUGCUUCAACUGCACUAACAUUAACGAGUGCGAGAGCAACAAUGGAGGAUGCCAACACAAUUGUUCAGACACAGAGGGCAGUUACGACUGCAGUUGCAAUGGAAAGGGAUUCGUAUUGGCUGGAGACCAUCACUCAUGCUUAGACGUAAACGAGUGCACAACUCAGCCAUGUGAGACCAAUGAGUUUUGCGUCAACGGGGUUGGUAGCUAUGAGUGCAUCCCUGCCUACGAUGUGUCCGGAGACAGCAGUAACGCACAACCACAAAUAUUUAAUGGCAAAAAUCAAGCAGAAUUCCAAGAUGAACUUCAAACACUCGAGGCGCAAAUUGGAAGUCAAAAUAUGACAGUCCAGAUCCUCGUGGUCGUGGUAGCGUUCGUUGCCGUAGCGCUGUGCGUUACACUCGGCGUCGUUAUCCGACGCUGGAGGAGAACCAACACCGCCAGUAGUCAAAACGGUGAUUUAUCUAGUGUAGACACUAUAUCAGCUGUCAGCGACGUGACGGCAGAUGAUUCAACGUCCCAAGAUAUUGAUGACGUAGAGGUAUCAGUAGAGAGAAUAUAGAUGGCGCUGGAUGCAACAGUUGUCUACGGAGAUGGCCGCCAUUAAUAAUCAGCCAGUUUCGUAUUUUGCGACAGACUUUCUUAUAAUGGUCAUUAUAUUGUCCACCAAUGAAACAAUAGAACGAAUAGGACGAUAGUAUGUUAAUCUGGUUGUGUGACUGUGUUCAUUACAAUAGAUAUAUAUGUUAAAUUGUUUGUAGUUGAGAAUGGUAACUAGGUGUAGCAUUUGCAACUACAACUUGUACAUGUAGGAUUUAUAUUCUAUCUUUAACCAUACGCUAAUUUGAUAACACUGGUUUUCAUUUCCUGUGAUAUAUGUCAUAUUUCCGGUUACCAUAAUCAUAUAUUCCUCGAAUCUCUAGCUUUACUUGAGACAAUGCAAGUUGUAUAUAUAUGUUUUAGUCUAGCAUCAGUUUUGCAUGCAUCAAUAUAUAGAAAUCACUUAGAUGAUAUACGGGUGUAUAGUUUCUGAGGACGAAUAGUGUUUUUUACGAUUGUAUGCUUAACUGAAUUUAGGAGGACAUUUGGACUUGUCAUAUACGUACACUCCACUCCAUAUAUCUAGAAACAUACCAAUUGUUGUGUUAUAAUUGUCACACAUUUGCAACACGAGCAUCAACAUCUAAUGAAGAGAGUGUAUUUAGAUUAAGCCCCACAUUUAGGAUAAGGCCUCACAUUACUUGAAGUAUUAUAUAAAAUACGCCUGUAAAUAACGAUAUGAAAUAACAUCUUGUAUAGGUUUUGCCAAACACUGAAUGGAAACUCUGACAUGAGAGUCCCCAUAUCUUCAUAGUAACUCGUUCAGUGCGUUUCUGUCCUGAUAGCACUGAACAAAAUGCUCAGAGGAGGAAAAGUCCAAAGAAGUUCUAUAGCUUUUUUCCAUUGAGUGAACUCAUGGACUUGGGACUUUUUAUGCAAGCUCAAUUUCGCACUUAACAGUAUAUAGAAGCAUUGUUUUAAAAGCAUUAAAAAAGAUCAAGUUUGAUCUUCAAAAUCACUACUUAGUGGCUUUCAUUUUUAUUAUUUGUUAAAUAAAUAAAGAUAUAUUUCAAAAUUGUAUUUAUAUGAUACAGAUAUGUACAUUGUAUAUUAGAAUAAUAUAAUAUAAAACUAAUCAUUCCAAAUAAAUAUUGGCGUUGUUAUGGAAACCAGUUAUUUUGUAUGUGUAUGAAAAUCGUUAUGCACGAUGGUUACUAUAGAGAUAGCAUAUACAUGUCAGGAACAUGAAUUCAAACAUAACCAUGCUAUAUCAGAAUCUCUCAUUCAAUUUAAUGCAGCAUAACCGUUUUUGAGGAAUAUAUCAUUAAAAAAUCUAAACUUCCAGGAAAUAUCCCUAAGCACCAAUUGUCAGAAAAAAUAAAAUAAUAUAAAGAAUC